AUGUACACCAGAUCUGGUUGUUCAGAGGGCCGUCCAUGCUCAUCCGGACCUUCGUACAUCACCUGUGAUGUAAAUUCAUGGAACCUGCAUGCCAUUGAGAGUCCCCAUCAACCUAAUAUGCUCAGUAGUAGUAGCCCUGAUCUUCCCCGGAACCGGAAGUCCCUGCAAAUCAAGCAAGAUGACAAGUUCUUCUCUAGGCUUGUGUCUAAGGACAGUUCCAUGGCCAACCCUUCUUUCAGAGUCUACUAUGGAGGUGUCUCCGGGGCAGUCCCAUUCGUGUGGGAGUCUCAGCCUGGUACCCCAAAACAUACAUUUUGUGACACCUCUCUCCCUCCCCUCACACCACCUCCAUCCUACUAUUUCAACAAUGGAAACAAGAAAACAGUAGACAAGGACUCGAGAUCUAAAAUUUUUCACAAUUUAUUCCGAAGGAUCAAUCUGAAGAAAGCCCAUGUGCCACAAUCACUAUCUUCAUCAUCAUCUUUAUCAUCUUCAUCGAGGUCAUCAUCACAUUCAUCGAUGUCAGUUCCAAGCACACAUUCCAGCUUCCUUAGACGGAGGCGAUAUUCGACUCCCAGCUCAUCAUCAUUUGAUGGUAUGAUAUGUGAUGAAGCGUUGGCGGGAUCGGAUAGUUCAUGGUUGUGUUUUGGCAUUGGUAAGGACAGGAAUGGUGGGCUUCGAGGACGCUAUUCGGUUGUGAUCAUGAAGAAAGCCUUGCUGUCGAUGGUCGGCCGUGGAUCUGGAUACGCUACAGCUUAG